AUGGGGGACCUGGGAUUCAACUCAUUAAGGGUCAAUGACACUGAUAGACAUGGCUCAAUCACACGGGCGGUGACGCUCAUCUGUAACACCCUUCCGGUGCCUAGCUGCCAUGCCACCCGGAGGAAGCACGAGGGCUGGGAUACUGCCAGGUCGCCCAAGCCUAGACAGGGGAAGUCGAGUGGCAGAGGUCGGGUUCGAACCACGGACCUUCCGCACCCGUCCUUUGGUAUGCACUUUGCACCCACAAACUGUAAGGCCAUGCUUGUGGACGUGCAGUCACUGAACACGCCCCUUACAAUCCAGGGAGAGAUACUGGAAGUUGUGGAGCGUUUUACGUAUCUUGGAAUGAAUGCACGAAUCUCCAAGGCUCGGGCCGCGUUUGCUAACUUGAGAUACCUAUGGCAUCAGAAUGGUUUAUCCCUGAAUCUGAAGGGACGUGUGUAUCAAGCUACAGUACGGGCUGUUUUGUUGUAUGGCUGUGAGACUUGGCCUAUUCGAGCAGCGGACCUGAGACGUCUUCAGGUGUUCGACAAUCGUUGUCUCAGAACCAUAGCUCGCGUGGGUUGGUGUCGGCGAAUCCGUAACGAGGCAGUUAGAAAGCAUGUUUUCGNNCCUUGA